CCGGUAUCAAUUCACAUUUCGGCGUCCAAGAGGAAGCAAACAAAGUUGUGUAUUUUUUCGCGACGCUGUAAAAUAGCUCGAAAAUGUCGUUCAAGGGCUCCAAAGUGCAGAAGGUGAUGGUACAACCCAUCAACCUUAUCUUCCGCUACCUCCAGAAUCGUUCCCGUGUGCAAGUGUGGCUGUACGAAAACACGCAUCUGCGGAUAGAAGGACACAUCGUUGGUUUCGACGAGUACAUGAAUCUGGUGUUGGACGAGGCGGAAGAGUUUAAUAUAAAAAAACAGACCCGACGUCAACUUGGCCGCAUCAUGCUGAAAGGCGACAACAUAACACUCAUCCAGAACGUGCAGAAUUAGCCGGUGUGGCGUAGAAUGAAAUUGUGUUUCGAAGUAAAUUACCUUUAAUUUAAGCUAUCGGAUAGGUGCCAAGACUAGUGAGGCGCGUGUACGAUAAAACGUCAGAAUACAGCUGGAUUGAGGACGAAUAAAACGCUUGUAGAGGCGAACUUGCAUCUACGGAACGAAA